AUGGCGAAACCAGCACCAGACUCGCCGCGCUCAUCCCAAUCACCACCGCCCUCAGGCCUCCAAGGCGAUCUCGAGCUUGAAUUACUAGGCCUCGCCAACACUCUGUACAACCUCGGGACGACAGUCAUCAACGACUCGACCAAAGAGCGCGACAAGCCCGGCUCAGGCGGUGGCAAACCCGUAGGGAUGAGAGUAAAUGAAGUCAUCAACCACCUAGCCACCAUCGACGACAUGGCCAUGCAGACCCCGACCCGGAUCCCCAUGCAGGUCCUCGCGGACAUCGACAACGCGCGGAAUCCGAUGCAGCUCACGAGGGAAAGGCUCGAGCGUACGGCGACGGAGAAUCAGUUCAUGAAUGGCAAGAUUGCUGCUGUCGAUUCGUAUCGCAAAUACCUCAAUGAGGCUCUCGUACAAAGUUUCCCAGAGUUGGAGGAGUAUCUGCAGCCUAGUGCUAAUACUAAUACGACGGUGGAGCCGAACGGGAUUCUGCCUCCAAAUGGUUACUGA